CGCUGCACCGCCAGAGGCCGAGAGGAGAGAGAGCCCAGUCUACUGGGGAUGGAGAACCAAGUUUCGCUCAAAGCCGAGGUGGCGGAGCUGGAGCUUGAGGCCGUCAUCGGCUUCAACGGACAUGUGCCCACUGGCCUGAAAUGCCAUCCUGACCAGGAGCAUGUGAUCUACCCUCUGGGCUGCACGGUCCUGAUUCAGGCGAUAAACACUCAAGAACAGAAUUUCCUGCACGGUCAUGACAACAAUGUCUCCUGUGUGACCAUCUCCAAGAGUGGGGUUUACCUAGCCUCUGGACAGGUCACGUUCAUGGGCUUCAAGGCAGACAUCAUUUUGUGGGAUUAUAAGAAAAGGGAGCUGAUUGCCCGGCUGUCACUUCACAAGGGCAAAAUUGAAGCGUUGGCCUUCUCACCAAAUGAUUUGUACUUGGUAUCACUUGGAGGCCCAGAUGACGGAAGUGUGGUCGUGUGGAGUAUAGCCAAGAGAGAAGCCAUCUGUGGCAGUCCCGCGGCCGGCCUCAACGUGGGGAAUGCCACCACAGCGAUCUUCUCCAGGUGCCGGGAUGAGAUGUUUGUUACUGCUGGAAAUGGGACAAUCCGAGUAUGGGAACUGGAUCUCCCGAACAGAAAAAUCUGGCCAACUGAGUGCCAGACAGGUCAGAUGAAAAGAAUAGUCAUGAGUAUCACAAUGGCCGACGACGAUAGCUUUUUCUACCUCGGCACCACAACUGGAGACAUUCUGAAAAUGAACCCGAGGACCAAACUGCUGGCAGACACUGGGCCUGCGAAGGACAAGUUCAGUCUGGGAGUGUCCGCCAUCAAGUGCCUGAAGAUGGGGGGUUUGUUGGUGGGUUCCAGAGCCGGAUUGCUGGUCUUCUGUAAAAGCCCCAGCUACAAACCCAUCAAGAAAAUUCAGCUACAAGGUGGCAUCACGUCGAUCACACUUCGAGGGGAAGGACACCAGUUUUUUGUAGGAACAGAAGAAUCACACAUUUAUCGGGUCAACUUCACGGAUUUCAAAGAGACUCUCAUUGCCACAUGUCACUGUGAAGCUGUCCAGGACAUUGUCUUUCCAUCCGGCACCACCGAUCUCUUCGCUACCUGUGCCAAGAAGGACAUCAGGGUGUGGCACACGCUCUCCAACAGGGAGCUGCUGCGUAUCACUGUGCCCAACACGACUUGUCAUGGCAUCGAUUUCAUGAGGGACGGCAAGAGCAUCAUUUCGGCGUGGGACGAUGGUAGAAUCCGAGCCUUCGCCCCAGAGACAGGCCGGCUGAUGUAUGUCAUCAACAACGCCCACAGGAUCGGAGUGACAGCCAUCGCCACCACCAGUGACUGCAAACGGGUCAUCAGCGGCGGCGGGGAAGGGGAGGUGAGGGUCUGGCAGAUUGGCUGCCAGACCCAGAAGCUGGAGGAGGCCCUGAAGGAGCACAAGUCCUCCGUGUCCUGCAUCAGGGUGAAGAAGAACAACGAGGAGUGUGUCACGGCCAGCACGGACGGGACUUGCAUCAUCUGGGAUCUCGUACGUCUCCGGAGGAAUCAGAUGAUCUUGGCAAAUACCUUAUUCCAGUGUGUUUGUUACCACCCCGAAGAGUUCCAGAUCAUCACCAGCGGGACAGACAGAAAGAUUGCCUACUGGGAAGUCUUUGAUGGGUCAGUAAUCAGAGAGUUGGAAGGUUCUUUGUCUGGGUCCAUCAAUGGGAUGGAUAUCACCCUGGAAGGAGUACACUUUGUCACAGGUGGAAAUGACCAUCUGGUCAAAGUGUGGGAUUAUAAUGAGGGCGAGGUGACUCAUGUCGGGGUGGGACACAGCGGCAACAUCACCCGCAUCCGGAUAAGUCCAGGAAAUCAGUACAUCGUUAGCGUAAGUGCCGAUGGAGCGAUUUUGAGAUGGAAGUACCCAUUUACCUCCUGAGGCCGCGGAGACUUCUGGAUCCGCAGCACUGCCCACAGCUCUGUCGCAGGUUGACCUUAGAUAACUCUUAAGACUGGUUUUAAUUUUUCACAUCCAUGAUUCUGUGCUUUAGUCAAAAUAUUUUUAUCUUGAAGUUUCUCUUUUUCUUCAUAGGAUGCAUUUUACAUUUUUACCUUGUGUAUCAAAAUGGGAAUGUGUUCAAGAAUACGUUGUCCAGACUGUAAUUCAAAGGUUUUUUUUAUUAUGAAUAAAUUCCCAAUUGUUGGUUUCCUGUUCUAAUCUCUGCUUCAUGACGGCAAAACCCAUGGCCCUUCUGCAUAAUUUGUCCAUGGACAGCACUGCUGUUGUUCUCUAAAAAUAAGAAGGGUCUGCUUACCUUCCUAAUCAGCCUUUCAUUGGUCAAGUUGCAAUAGGGCAAGACUUGGUUUGACUACAGAUCUAGGAUUUUAGGAUCUUCCUUCCUUCCUUCUUUCCUUCCUUCCUUCCUUCCAACUCUCUGAGCCUCUGCUUGGCCUUUCCUAAAGAGAGAAUACCUGCUUAAAAAGUUAUUUUGAGGAUUAAGUGAAAGAAUGUGUUAAAAAGCUUCAGCAGAAUCCCUGACAGAGUAGCCAGUGAAACAUGAAUUUUUCUCAAAGAAACCGAGCAUUCUUGGGGAUCCUGG